UUGCUCAACGCCGCUUUACCACACGCGUCGCACUCCCUGGCUGUCCUUUAAUUGCCACGCGGCUACGGCCACAGGCCCCACCUUUCUCUCUUUACCGCGUUACGCAAAGCUAUAAAAGAGCACACUCCACACACCACAGAGUUACUGAACUCUUCAGCUCAAGCUCAAUCUCCAUACACUCCGGCCAGCCUCCACGCCACGGCACUCCAGCAUACUCCCACUAAGCUAAAUCAAACACCGAGCCGCCGCCGGCAGCAGCUAUAUAUCAACCCAGCAAUUGAUGGACAUGGACGGCUCCGAUCAACAGAUCACCUCCCCUUCCUCGUCGUCCUCGCACGACCAGUACGGGGUGGUGUGGUCGCCGCCACCGCCGAAGCGCCCAGCCGGGCGCACCAAGUUCAAGGAGACGCGCCACCCGGUGUACCGCGGAGUGCGUCACCGGGGCAAUGCCGGCCGAUGGGUGUGCGAGGUGCGCGUGCCCGGCACCAGCGGCAAGCGGCUCUGGCUCGGGACGCACCUCACCGCCGAGUCCGCCGCCCGCGCCCACGACGCGGCCAUGCUCGCGCUGCACGGCCCCUCCGCCGCCGCCGCCGCACGCCUUCUCAACUUCCCGGACUCCGCGUGGCUCCUCGCCGUGACGCCAUCCGCACUCGCCGACCACGACGAGAUCCAGCGCGUCGCCAUUGCCGCCGUCGUCGACUUCCAGCGCCGCGAGGCCGCCACCGUUCAAGUCGUCAAUGAGCCGCCCAUCAACCCCGCAUUCGCGCCAUUGCCGCCUGACAAUGCUGUCCCUUGGGCGUCGUCCCAACCUUCUGCCACCACUGGAAUGUUUGGAGAGCCGGUUGCAAUGGACAGCAACAUGUUCGAGCUCGACAUGACCAGCGAAAUGGACGUCGGCAGGUACUACGCGGACCUCGCGGAGGGGCUGCUCAUGGAGCCGCCGCAGCCCGCGCCGGACACCGGGGCGUGCUGGGAAAGCGGGGACGACGGAGAUGACGCCACCCUCUGGAGUUACCGAAACGAUUUACCCUGAUUUGGCUGCAUGGAACAAACUGCUUCGGGCAUUAAUAAAAUGAAUUGUGGAACCUUAAA